AUAAAAAACAAAAGUUAAAUGCAGAUUGUAAUGAUGCUCAAAAUGUCAUUGAGGAAAAAACUGAGCAGAAAAAACAAACUAGUGGAAUAUGUUUACAUGUAGGGAAUAGAAAAGUAUCAUUAGAACUGUGUCAUUAUUGUAACGAAAAGGUUGAAAACAAUGUAUAAUUUGGUUUUCAAAUUAUUGUAAAUAUUAUAUUGUGGUAUAAUUGUAAUAAUUUGAAAAUAUAUACAUUAAUGGUAGCAAUAGUUGAAUACACAUAGUAGUUAAGAAUAUUUCUUUUUCAGAUGAAUCAAGCCGAACCAAUCUUUUGAGACUUGGCACCAACAGAUGCUUGGUGUUCCAGAUGGAAAUCUACAAAGCAGUUUGAAAGGCCAAAUGCUCACAAGUUUGAAAGGUCAAAUGCUAAAAGAAUUUUAAAAAUAGUUUCACCUCCCAAGUAUAUGUCUUUGAAUAAACCAGGUGUCGAUAUUAAAAAAAUGACUGGGGACGCGCGAAGCAAAAAGCGUACCGAGGAAUUUAAGGAUAAGGAAGAACGCAGGAAGUCGUCGAGUGGAUCGCAGAGUAGUGAUUCCGACGAUGGUAACGGUCAAUGCAUGUUGAAGAAUGCUAUAGCGGCUAGAGAAAAUAGAGAAAAAAAGAAAAAGUACUUGAAAGAUUUAGAAGAGUCGUACGUCAGUUUUGCUUCCGAAAACGGUAGCUUAAAGGCCGAGAAUGCCACGUUACGAGAAGAAAAUAAGAAUUUACAUAAAGAAGUCGAAUAUUUAAAAAAUGUUAUAGCAAAUUCGGAAGAACUUGGAAUUUUGAUAAAAGGAGUUCAGACUAUUCCGGGAUUAAAGUGGAAGUCUCCCAUUAAGAGAAAAGAAAGUGGAGAUUCGUCUAAUGACUUAACAGUACAUAAAAAACAAAAGUUAAAUGUAGAUUGUGAUGAUUCUUGAAAUGUCAUUGAGGAAAAAACCUUCGUAUUGGAGAGGAAGAACACCGGUUACAGGCAGUGAAGUGAGGUAAUUUGUGUCACUAUCUUGUGCACCAAUGAUAUACAUGAAAAUAUAAAGUCAAAGAAUAAAAAUAGUUAUAUUUUUUAUUAAAAUAUAGCCAUUUUAAUUGAUUAAAUAUUAUAUUCACGUAUAACAUUUUAUUGAGGUUUAUGUUGCCUUACUAAUUACAUUAGAGAGAUUUUUUGAAAUGAGAAUUUUGUAUUUGAUAUUUAUCAGUGAAGCUACCUAAAUGAAAUGAUUCUUUCAAAAACAAUAGAGUAUGGAGUAAAAUGAUUAACUUGAAAAUUUCAUUAUAGGUAUGUAGAUUUAUUUGUUUUGCAUUUAUUUUUAAUAAGACGUUGAAAAACAUUUGUAAUUACAAAUAACAAAUUUCUGAUUUCUUUUUUUACGAAUGAUUAUGAUCAAAAUUUUAAUGCACUAAUACAAUUAACAAAUGUUUCCUUGGGAAUUAUUUCGUUUAAAAUUGAAUAAAUAAGUGCAGAAUGCUAAUCUGUUCCUAUCAAUAUUCAUUUUAUUAAUAAAAUUGUAAGAAUUUAAGAAUUAGAAAUUUUGUUAUACUGUAUAUACGUGCAUAAUAUAAAUGCAAUUUCCCUGUAAAACAUCCUAAAUGAAAAUUUUGUACAAUGAACUAAAGAACAUAUUCUAAUACAAAUCCAGCAAAUUUAAGAUGAUAAUCAUAAGUAUUAGUAAAUACAUUCUGAAAAUGAGUUAGGCAAAUUAAAAUUUAAUUACUCAAUGAUAUAAUAAGUUUUUUUUAAACUUACGAACACUUUUUUAUCAAUAUCAAAGUAUCUAUUUUCCUUUUACAGUUUAAAUAUAAAUAGUAAGUAAAUUUAUUAACCAAAUAGCUGGUUGGAUUUAAGGAGAUUGAUUUCUAAUAUAAUUAAAUAAUUAAUUAAAUUUCAGUCUAAACCUGGUGUAAAUGAAUGAGCUGUAAUAAGCUUAUAUAAA